UUAUAAAAAGACCCUUCUCAAAGAGAACAUCGUGUUGUUCGUGAUCCCUUACAAACGUUCCCCAAUCAAAUCUAACCAUGUCUGGCCGUGGAAAGGGAGGAAAGGUAAAGGGAAAGGCAAAGUCCCGCUCCAACCGUGCCGGUCUUCAGUUCCCCGUUGGCCGUAUUCAUCGUCUCCUGCGCAAGGGUAACUAUGCCGAGCGCGUCGGUGCCGGAGCGCCCGUGUAUCUGGCAGCCGUCAUGGAGUACUUGGCCGCUGAAGUGCUUGAGUUGGCCGGAAACGCUGCCCGUGACAACAAGAAGACGCGCAUCAUCCCGCGUCAUCUGCAGCUGGCCAUCCGCAACGACGAGGAGUUGAACAAGCUGCUGUCCGGAGUAACCAUCGCUCAGGGUGGUGUGCUGCCCAACAUUCAGGCCGUGCUGCUGCCCAAGAAGACCGAAAAGAAGGCUUAAACUGUGUAACAAAGCUUCCUUCAUCUCAAACCCAAAACCGUCCUUUUCAGGGCGACAAAUAACUUUGCCAAAGACAUUUUAUUCGAUUUAUGCUGAUAUGGGACAACCAGAAGUAAGAACAUUUUCUAAUAUAGAACGGUGCUUGAAAGUGUGCACAAAAUGUAAAUGAAAAAAUGUACUUUCCCAUGGCACAAAAAGCAUCAUUUACUGUUUUCAAUUCUCUAACCCUGCGAAUUAUGUAAAAUGCAGCAAAUCAGAAGCGAUGUGUUAAAUUUUCCAGGUAGCUUGGUAAAGCGGGUUGGUUUUACCAUAGCAAAUGCAAGCAGUGAUACCUGUGUGUUUACCUUUUUUCUGCAAACGGUAAAGGACACGUUUACCUGAUUUAUCGUGAACCACGGGAAAAUGUUAAAAGUGUUGGUCAAAAAAUAUUGUGUGUUCAGGUAAGGCUAGGUUCUCACAACAGUUUGGCUUUCAAUAUUUCGGGAAACGUUGGAAAUGGCUUUAAAAAAGUUGGACCAAAGAUUAGGAACAUUCAUAUAAAUAAACAUCCUCAAUAAUGUUUCCCUUCACCCUUCAUUUAAAUAACCAUGUGAAUAUUUCUGGCAUUUUAUAGUAUUUUUUUAAACAAUAUUUUCAUUUGCAAUGUAGGAAUGCCAAUAAAAUACAAUAAAUUGAAAUGUCCCUAACGCAUGUGCAACUCCACAUUCAAUAACGCCAUCUAGUGGGGAUCAAAAUCCCUACAACCAGUCGUAACGCCAUCUUAAUAAUUGGUAAAAGUAAGGCUCAGCCCUUUACGUUGCAAAGGAGAAACGUUACUUGCCUUUUAAAAUUCCCAAGCUGCAUUUCAUAGAGGGUUGGUCAUCCACGCGACCGAUCGGUGUGCAUAAGUUAAAUAAGAAAUAUUUUACAUUUCGAAUAAAAUAACAAUAAUUUGCUUUGGGAUAGAUCGAUACCAGUGAGAUUAAAUAGUUUAAUUACAAGUUAAAAAAAGAAUAAGUGUUUUCAUUCAUGCACUAUAAUUCAAGCAAAAAAGUCUUACAGUUUAAAGGUCUUAAAACCCUCUAAGCUUAUAAUUGGAGUAACGUUGCCAAAGUAAAAAAUAUAAAUUAUUUAAAGUAUAUCCUAGGAAAUUCAAUAUGUGCAAUCAAUUUGUAGCCUAUUUAGAACGUUUAUGGCGAUUUUGAAUGAUCGUUGCUUUGGAUGCGAGGGCUCUUUUGAAAU